CGGGCCCAAUGUGUUAGAGCAAGCCGGUGAUUGCGAGAGGUGACGUUAGUGUGCUCACACAGCAUUGCUGGUUCAUGCUAUCUUUUUAGCAACUGAAAGACGUUUGAUAUCUAAGAUCAAUACGGAAAAGUUUUAGUUCAUAUUAAAGUCAGAAUAAACAUUUCAGAAGUGUUGCUGUUUAGGUGUCAGGCUGUGUUUUCGUCAUCUGGAAUCAAAAUAAACUUCAUCUCGCAUAAGGUCACAAUGAGGGAAAAGCUGUCAUUAUGGGCUGUUUGUUGCCUGUUGGCAGCAUUCCUGCCUUCUCACACAGAAUCAGUAGCCGUGAUGUCUGUGGAUUUAGGCAGUGAAUGGAUGAAACUGGCUAUUGUUAAACCCGGUGUACCAAUGGAGAUUAUACUAAACAAGGAGUCCAGGCGGAAAACCCCAGUAGCUGUGUGCUUAAAGGAAAAUGAGAGGCUUUUUGGUGAUGGUGCUUUAGGAGUGGCUGUAAAGAACCCCAAAGUGGUUUACAGAUUUCUCCAGAACCUUUUGGGAAAGACUGCGGACAACCCGAUGGUGGCACAGUAUCAGAAAAAUUUCCCUGAGCACCAGCUGAUGAGAGAUGAGAAAAGUGGAACCGUGUAUUUCAAAUACUCUGAAGACAUACGGUACACUCCAGUGGAACUUUUGGGAAUGAUGUUGAACUACUCCCGUGGUUUGGCUCAAGACUUUGCAGAGCAGACUGUCAAAGAUGCUGUUAUCACAGUUCCAGCAUAUUUCAAUCAGGCAGAACGCAGGGCAGUCCUGCAAGCUGCCCACAUAGCGGGUCUGAAGGUCCUUCAGCUUAUCAAUGAUAAUUCUGCAGUGGCUUUGAACUAUGGAGUCUUUAGGCGGAAGGACAUCAACUCUACUGCACAGAAUGUCAUGUUUUAUGAUAUGGGAUCUGGAAGCACAACCGCCACCAUUGUCACGUAUCAAACCGUGAAGACCAAGGAGUCCGGCACCCAGCCACAGCUUCAGAUCCGUGGAGUUGGGUUUGAUCGGACACUGGGCGGUUUUGAGAUGGAGAUGAGACUGCGAGAUCAUCUUGCCAAACUCUUUAACGAACAGAAGAAGUCAAAGAAGGACGUGAGAGAAAAUCACCGUGCUAUGGCCAAACUGCUCAAAGAGGCUCAGAGACUGAAGACUGUGUUGAGUGCCAACGCUGAACAUACAGCACAGAUUGAAGGUCUGAUGGAUGACAUAGACUUCAAAGCAAAAGUGACUCGAUCUGAGUUUGAGGCACUCUGUGAGGAUCUGUUUGAUAGAGUACCAGGACCUGUGAAGGAAGCAUUUGCUGCUGCAGAGAUGACCCUGGAUGAAAUUGAACUGGUGAUUUUGGUCGGAGGAUCCACCAGAGUUCCCAAAGUGCAAGACGUUCUGCUUAAAGCUGUUGGAAAAGAGGAACUAAGCAAGAACAUCAAUGCUGACGAAGCUGCGGCAAUGGGUGCCGUCUAUCAGGCAGCUGCGCUUAGCAAAGCCUUCAAAGUUAAACCUUUCCUGGUCAGAGAGGCAGCAGUGUUUCCCAUUCAGGUGGAGUUCAUCCGCGAGGCCGAUGAAGAAGAUGGAGUGAAGACCAUGAAGCACAACAAGCGUAUUUUGUUUCAGAGAAUGGCCCCGUAUCCCCAGAGGAAAGUCAUCACGUUUAACAGAUACACGGAUGACUUUGUCUUCUACGUCAACUACGGAGACCUUAGCUUCCUCAGCGAAGAGGACAUGAAGGUGUUUGGCUCUCAGAAUCUAACAACGGUGAAACUGUCUGGAGUGGGCAGCAGCUUUGAGAAGCAUGCAGAUGCUGAAUCAAAAGGCAUAAAGGCUCAUUUUAACAUGGAUGAGAGUGGGGUGUUACUUCUGGACCGGGUGGAAUCUGUGUUUGAGACUAUCGUAGAAGAAAAGGAAGAGGAGUCAACCCUCACAAAGCUCGGAAACACCAUUUCCAGUCUGUUUGGUGGUGGCAGUGCAGACCCAAAUCAAAAUGCUACAGAACCAGUUACGGAUGAGGAGGAAGUGACUGGGAAAGAUCAGGAACAGUCGGAAAAACAAGAAGAGUCUGAACCAGAGAAAUCUGAGGCAGAGGAGAGAAAGGAUGGAAUGGAUGGAAAAGAUGCAAAGGAUGGAAUGGAUGGAAAAGAUGCAAAGGAUGGAAAGGAUGGAAAAGAUGGAGAGCCUCAGGCAGAUGAACAGAAAAAUAAUAACACAGAGGCUCAGGGAGAGAAGGAAGGCAAAAAGGGUGAAGACAAAUCUGAUGGUGAGAAACCAGAAGAGAAGGAAGUCGAUCAAACAGUUAAACCACAGAAAAAGAGCAAAGUAUCUGAAGACAUCACAGUGGAGCUUGAGGUGAAGGACAUUCUUGAUCCAAGCCCUGAAGAUAUGGAAGUGUCCCAAAAGAAGCUGCAAGACCUCACAGACCGCGAUAUGGAGAAACAUGAGAGAGAAAAGACCCUGAACAGCCUGGAGGCUUUCAUCUUUGAGACGCAGGACAAGUUAUAUCAAGAUGAGUACCAGGCUGUAGUAACUGAAGAAGACAAAGAGCAGAUCUUAGGCAAGCUGAGCGAGACAUCUAACUGGAUGGAUGAGGAGGGAUACGGGGCUGAGACUAAAGAGCUGAAGGAAAAACUGUCGGAGCUGAAGAAGCUUUGCAAAUCCAUGUUCUUUAGAGUUGAGGAGAGAAAGAAAUGGCCAGACAGACUGGCAGCGUUGGACAGCAUGCUCAACCACUCCACUUUAUUCCUCAAGAGUGUUAAAGUGAUUCCUGAAGAUGACCAGAUUUUCACAGAUGUGGAGCUGAAGACAUUAGAAAGGGUCAUCAAUGAGACAACAACAUGGAAAAACGAGACUGUCGCUGCACAGGAAAAACUGUCCCCAACAGAGAAACCUGUCCUGCUGUCCAAAGACAUUGAAGCUAAACUCUCCCUGCUAGACCGAGAGGUCAACUAUCUGCUAAACAAAGCGAAGUUCGCCAAACCCAAGGACAAAAAAAAGACUAAAGAUAAGAACUCCACAUCUACAGAGAACGGCAAAGCCAACAGCACUGAGGAUGCUGAGAAGGUCAUUCCUCCCAAGAGCGAUGGAGCGGAAGAAGUGAAGCCAGCUGAGGAACCUCCAACAGCUGAAGAGAAAGAGAAGGAACCCAUACUUGAACUAAAUCCAGCAGAAACUACGGAAGAUACAGAACCUACAGAGCGCAGUAAAUCGGAAAACCAUAUAGAGGAUGAAUUAUAACAACCGGAACUCAUAAAGGUUGUUUUUGUUGUAUUUAUUGACUCCGUUCAAAGUGGUUCAAAAUUCCAUUUUUUUUUUUGCCCCCUUCAAAAAAAAACAUCUAAUUGACACUGCUUACAAAAGACUAUGUGAAUAUGUACAUCUCAUAAUACCUCAUCCCAUCUCUUUCUUUGCUUCUGUUCAGUGACUAUAAGCCAAAAAAACAUUAACCAUGAAUCAAAGUUGAGGUGAAAAUGAGAAGCAAACUGGAUUGUUUCUUAAAGAUUAAUUAAUGAUCUUCUCCCUCUCAAAAAUGUCCCAUCUUUUUGUCUGUCACUAUUUGAACAAGGAAAUCCAAAAUGGCAUGCUUGACCAAAGCAAACACAUCAUUUUUAAAUGUGAAUGGCAUUUUCAUUGUUUAUGAAAGUCAUUUAUAAUGAUCAGCUGGAAAAUAAUGUUUUAGUGCAAGCUUCAUGUUAUCAAGUUUUGUUUUGCCUUCGUGUUGGAAAAAUGUUAGUCAAAGAAGUGUGAAAUUCCUUCAGAAUUGCAUCUAAACUAUGCACAUUUUGAGAAUUGCAUCUCAAAAAGUGCAUUACACCUCAUCAGAUAAAAUGUUGAAAGUUUAUACCAGUCCGAUCGCCUUUGUUCCACAGAGCCCAUUUCCCAAAACACAAUGUGUUGGAACCUGUGAGCUUCUUGCCAACAUCUACUCUAAACAUUCUGUAUUUCUAGACUUUCAGUAUCACCUUUGUCCUGCACUGUCAUCUAAAGAAUUGUACACAUUUAUUCAUAACCUUGACUGAAGAAGAAAAUGCGAAACAAAGAUGUAAGUUUUGUCACCACCUCUACCGGUUCUGUUUUUUACUUAUUCAUUACUGUCCUUAAGGUGUAUGUGGAGUGAAGUGUGUUACAUGGAGUGAUGUGUGUAAUGUGUGGAAAAGGGAGAAGAUUGUUUCUAAACUGUUAAUAAAAAGUCUUUUUUAAAACUUC